GCUCGCCAGCGCUCAGUUUGGGUCUGUGAAGGUUGAUGAUUGGUUGAUGGGAGAUGAGAGUCUGGAGGCUCGCGCUUCAUACCCGUGUCCGUGUGUUUACACUCAGUACUCCAGACACAGAAGAGCGGCAGCGUCUUGACUAUGGCGCUCCACAGAUAACAGCGGAGACCACACAACUAUGGCAUUAUAAUUUAACGCUUGCGGACAACUUUUUCUACUCGUCCCAACAGGAAUAAAGCUGUCAAGUACUUUUGUUUUCGACUUGUUCACGGAAAAUCCAGUUGUUUUCAAACAGUACCAGAGAAAACGCAUUCGCUGCUUCAGUGGAGUUGUGAAUGGGAUGAACUUUACGCAGGUUGUUGGCUAUUUUGUGUCUCACUACGGAGGGAGACUGCAAUGUGCAUGACUGAACAUUUUCUGUAACUGUAAUUCAAAAUUUGUCGCUUCGCGAUUUGGGUUAUUAUUAUAAACCACGGUGCGAUCUUUUGUGAGUUUGUGAAGUUUAAGGAAAAACCCGCCUCCACGUUUUACACUCUGUUUGGAGUGUCCUUCUCAGAGGAUUCAGCGAGAGUUCAGCCGACUGGAGCGAGAGCACCUGGGGGGCGUUUGGCAGUAGCGUGACCGGGUGAAGAUGCUCUCAGCGUGGACACACCGCGACCAAACUCCCGCUUCCCUGCUCGGUUUAGUUCUACUCUGCGCAACCUUUGUGAUCCACGCAGAUGGCAGCGAUUACAGCGAAGUUCUCCCGGACUCAUUUCCGUCUGCCCCGGCCGAACCGCUACCGGAAUUCCAGAGCGAGCCGGAGGACGCCUUCAUAGUGAAAAACAGACCGGUCAAACUUUCCUGCAAGGCUGCGCCGGCCACGCAGAUAUACUUCAAAUGCAAUGGAGAAUGGGUGAAUCAGAAUGACCAUGUGACCAAGGAGAGUCUAGACCCAAUCACAGGUCUAGUAGUGAGAGAGGUAGAUAUCUCUGUCUCCCGGACGCAGGUAGAGGAGUUGUUUGGACUGGAGGAUUAUUGGUGCCAGUGUGUUGCCUGGAGCUCGGCAGGCACCACAAAGAGCCGGCGGGCUUACGUCCGCAUCGCCUACCUAAGGAAGAACUUUGAACAGGAGCCACUUGGCAGGGAAGUGCGUCUGGAGCAGGAAGUCUUGUUGCAGUGUCGUCCACCAGAGGGCAUCCCGCCUGCUGAGGUGGACUGGCUGAAGAACGAAGAGCUCAUUGACCCAGCGCUGGAUUCAAACUUUCUAAUUACCAUCGACCAUGACCUGAUCAUCAAGCAGGCUCGACUCUCUGACACGGCUAACUACACCUGUGUGGCUCGCAAUGUGGUCGCUAAGCGACGUAGCAGCACUGCCACACUCAUCGUCUACGUGAGUGGGGGCUGGUCAUCCUGGACAGAGUGGUCAGAGUGCAAUGCUCAAUGUGGGCGGGGUUGGCAGCGACGAACACGCAGUUGCACCAAUCCAGCACCGCUCAAUGGAGGAGCCUUCUGUGACGGCCCACCAUUCCAGAGAGUCACCUGCACCACCCUCUGUCCAGUGGACGGAGGCUGGACUGAGUGGGCCAAGUGGUCAGCGUGUGGGACAGAGUGCACACACUGGAGAAGCCGGGAAUGUCAGGCACCCCCACCCCGUAACGGAGGACGUCACUGCAGCGGCAGCAUGAUGGAGAGCAAGAACUGCACAGAAGGACUGUGUGCUCGCUAUAAAAAGGUUUCUAUUGAACAAGCAACCCAUCCCCUGGGCUCCGGCGCUGGUGUAGCGGUGUACGCCGGGCUGGUGGGAGCUUUACUGCUGUGUGUGAUCCUCGUGCUGUGUGUGGGCAUCCUGGUCUAUCGUCGGAGCUGUCGCCAUCUUCACGGUGAAAUCACAGAUUCGUCCUCGGCCCUUACUGCUGCCUUUCACCCUGGCAACUACAAACCUCCACGACAGGAUAAUCCACACCUCCUGCAUCCGACAGCUCCUCCCGACCUCACAGCCAGUGCCGGAUCCUUCCGCGGGCCGCUUUUCUCACUGCAGCAGGCCACCCUGGACUCUCAGCAUAAGAUCCCCAUGACCACAUCUCCCCUGUUGGAUCCACUUCCUAGCCUGAAGAUAAAGGUGUACAACUCCUCCACCAUGGCCUCCCUCGAGCUGCCAACUGGCCCGGGCUCCACUGAUGGGGAGAUCAUGAGCCUGAAGACUGUGGGCUCUGGACCUAAAGACCAUCAUGGGCAUACGCUGCCCAGGGAGCCCAGUCACAGUGCCAGCGCCACACUAGGCUCCCUUGGGGGCCGUCUCACCAUCCCUAAUACAGGGGUGAGCCUGCUGGUUCCACCAGGGACGAUUCCUCAGGGCAAGUUCUAUGAGAUGUAUCUCAUUAUUAACAAAUGGGAGAAAACAACCUUGCCGUCAGAUGGAAGUCAGACCGUAUUAAGUCCGGUGGUGAGCUGCGGACCCUCUGGCAUGUUGCUGAGCAGACCUGUGGUCCUAACCCUCCCUCACUGCGCCCAGCUAGAGCCCCCAGACUGGACCCUCACCCUCAAAACACAGAACCAUCAAGGCGCCUGGGAGGAGGUGCUAACAGUGGGAGAGGAGAGUCUGUCAACGCCAUGCUACCUACAGGUGGAGGAGCAAAGUUGUCAUGUUCUGAUGGAGCAGCUGGGGACGUAUGGUCUGGUGGGACAGUCGGCUCCCCCUCGGCCAGCCUGUAAGAGGCUGCAGUUGGCCCUCUUUGCUCCCCGGGCUCCGUGCCUCUCUUUGGACUACAGUCUGAGGGUCUACUGCAUACAGGACACCCCACAUGCCCUUAAGGAGGUAUUAGAGGUCGAGCGAAGUCUGGGUGGGGUUUUACUGGAGGAUCCCAAACCUCUCCUCUUUAAGGACAGUUACCACAACCUGCGGCUAUCAAUCCAUGACAUUCCUCAUUCUCAUUGGAGAAGUAAACUCCUGGCUAAGUAUCAGGAAAUCCCGUUCUACCACAUUUGGAGUGGGAGUCAGCGUCCGUUGCACUGCACCUUCAGUCUGGAGAGAGGAAGCCUGGUGGUUUCCCAGCUCACCUGCAAGAUCUGUGUCAGACAGGUGGAGGGAGAAGGACAGAUAUUCCAGCUUAACACGGAUAUUCAAGAGACCCUGCCCCCCCACUCACCUCUGCCAGCAGGCGGUUCAUGUCUACCCUCGUCUCAGGUGGGCCCGUAUGCUUUCCGCCUGCCCGUCUCCAUACGCCAGAAGAUAUGUGCCAGUCUGGAUGCCCCCAGCGCCCGCGGCUGCGACUGGAGAAUGCUGGCUCGCAGGCUGGACUUUGACAGGUAUCUGAACUAUUUUGCAACCAAACCCAGCCCCACAGGUGUGCUGCUAGACCUGUGGGAAGCUUGUCACCAGGGUGACGCAGACCUGGUCUCUCUGGCGACGGCUCUUGAAGAAAUGGGCAAGAGUGAGGUCUUGGUUGUCAUGACGACGGACGGAGAUUGCUGAUCGGCGAAUCAGAAGUGUGACGAGGGGACAUAUUUGCCACUAAAAACCUAGAAUUCAUGCAAGCGGAUGGAAACUGCGUUCCAGUGCAUCGUUACCUCAGUUCCUUUGUGCUCAUGCAGAAUAUUCCAAGGAUCACAACGGGGUCAAGCGCUCUGGGUGAUCUCCGAAUAAUACAUAUCGAAAUGUAGCAAACAUGACGAUGCACAAAAAAAAAGAGAUGUUGUUCCAAAAGCAAGUCAGUGCAUUUUCUGGCACGGUCCUGAUCGGCUCAUGAUUAAAUGAUAGUUGCAUCAUAUUGAUACACACUGAUUCUCUGCUACACAUACCAAGUGUUAAAGUACACGAUCAAAUGCCAUCGCACAUCAAGCUGCUGGCUUUGUUUCCUAGCGACCGCUAGAUGCUAAAAGACACUGAGAUUCUGCAUCCGGUAAAACAGCAGUGCGCCAAGCUCCUCAGGAAACACGCUCGCAGAGAAAUAAACAAGAGUAUAGAUGGAAACCCGGGAUACCAACAAGGAACUCAGAUCAUCUGCCCUAAAAUGAGCUUUCAUGAUGAUUUCACUUGAAACAAACCACAUGCUUCAGAGAGUUGCUUCACUUCGGCUUUAGUUUGAAGCAUUGUUUUCUGUGUGUCUUUUGCAAUGGCAUACGUCCUCGUUAGCAGAGGACCAAUCUUUUUGCUGGAUUUUCAUCUUUUUUUUCUCUGGUUUUCAUACCUUCAUUAGCCUCUCUCUUUUUUAUAUUCUAUUGAUCAUUUGUAACACAGGACAGCUUUCUGGUAAACACAUAUUAGUUUCCUAUAGGGAACAGACUUUUUUUAAGUUAUUAUCCCUAUUUGUGGAUCACUGUUUUUCACUUUUCUGUUUGUUUCUGCUGUUAUGCAUCUGCUGCGUCGUUGCAUUCGUCUGUCUCUUGGGCAGGAUUGCAGUUAAUAUGUGCAUUCAAAGGUUUUGUGAUCUACUGACUUUUUUUGGUCAUUGAAACUGAGAUGGGAUGAAAUUGAAAUGUUCUGCUGAGGUUAAAUGUGCUUUGAUCCUUCUUGGGAAAGCGUACUGCAAAUAUACUGCACUGGUUAAAUAAGAUGAAAAUUGUGCGGAUGGCAGAAAGCCCUUUUCGGGGUUUGAUGCCAGCCAGUCGUGCUGUUUAAAUUAUAAAUAGUAGCCUUGAGAGGUGGCGUAAGUGCUCUGUUGAUUGCAGUAUGACCCACUUGCUCUUUAUUGUCUGUUUUGACUUUCAGGUUUUAAUGGGUUUCCCUUUAGUAAGCCUGAAAGCCAUGGACUGCUUAUUAUCAGAAGUCAUAUAAUCAGUUGAAGUGGAUGUUGGUCCAUUUCUUCUUUUUUUUUUUUACAUUUUCUUCACAAGUGUUCAAAUGUCUGGCAACAAACAAAACUAAAAGAAAGUGCAGUAUCUGUCCAUGUCUGUAAAGGUGUGAAUUAAAUAACUGAGGUGUGUGUGUGAGAAAAAAAAAAAGAAAACAGCGUGAGAGAGCUUGUUUGUUCCAACCUAUGAGUCAGUGCUACAGUGUAUAUGAAUGAACAGGCUUCAUCAUAUCUGUUGUUCCUCCUUUCCCGUUAUAAGUACUAUGCAAGUGCACAACGAAAAGUGAAUCUGUGGACGUCUUGAUGUCUCGUGUGUAGAGAUGUUCCGAUACCCUUUUUCUCUUCCCGAUACCGAUUCCGAUACCUGGGCUCAGGGUAUCGGCCGAUACCGAGUACUGAUCCGAUACCUGGGUGUAUAUCUGUAUAUACAGCUGUAUAUACUACUAGCCCUGUGUAAAUUGCUAGAAUUUUUUUAUGGUGUGCUUCAGACAGAUCCCUCAAUAAAACAUGAACAAAUACA